GCGCCGGAAGCGGCGCUGUCUCGCCCCCCGCCGCCGCCGCCGUUCCUGGGCGCUCACGUGGGGCCGGCGGUGCCUCUUGCCGGGGCCGGGGCGCCAUGAUCCGGGCUGGGAGCCGGCUCUGGGGCCGGGGCGCGGCCGCGCGGGCUCUGUCCACCUUGUCUGGCCAGCCGGGGCGUCCCGAGGCUCCCGCAACCUCCCCACGUCUGCGGGAUGCUGCAUCCCAGGCAGGUGAGUCCUGUUCAUGGUUCUAAAAUCCUGCCUCUGUGGUUCCUGUGCCCGGACUCUGUGUGGUGGCCAGAAAAGCUGCCCCUGGUGACCUCCAGUGCCCCUGUCCUCCGGGAUUGCCGCCUUGCGAUCCCCUCUCACCGCACAGCCGUGCAGGCCUGGGUGGAGUCCCUGAGACACUACGAUGACAGACAUGUGGGCCUAGCAGACCUACAUCCCGAUGUCUUUGCAGUAAUGCCCCGGGUCGACAUUCUGCACACAGUCGCAGUCUGGCAGAGGAACUACAAGAGGAUAAGCUAUGCCAAGGUGAAGACGCGAGCGGAGGUGCGCGGUGGCGGCAAGAAGCCCUGGGCACAGAAAGGCAGCGGCCGGGCCAGGCAUGGCAGCAUCCGCUCCCCACUCUGGCGCGGCGGCGGCAUCAUCCAUGGCCCCAGGGGCCCCACCAGUUACUACUACAUGCUGCCCAUGAAAGUGCGGGUCUUGGGCCUCAAGGUGGCGCUGACGGCCAAGCUGAUGCAGGACAACCUGCACAUUGUGGAUGGCCUGGACAUGCCGACCUGCGACCCCCAGUAUCUGGCAGACCUAGCGCGAUACAGGCACUGGGGCCAGUCCGUGCUGAUUGUCGACGUCAACAAGAUGCCAGAGAACAUCGUGAAGGCAGCAGCCAGCCUGAAAACCAUCACCCUGGUGCCAGCCCUAGGUCUCAAUGUGCACAGUAUGCUCAAGCACGAGACGCUGGUGCUCACGCUGGACACGCUUGCCUUCCUGGAGGAGAAGCUGCUGUGGCACGACUCCCGCUACACCGCCCUGUACCCCUUCCGGCUACCCUACAGUGACUUCCCCUAGCCCCGAGGGACGGCGCCCGCCGCAGGGAGGCCUCUUGGGCGUCUAGCCCAUUGAGUGAGUUAACCCCACUGAGCGCAUGCGGAAAGGGGACUGGCAUCAAGGCAGCUUCCUGCUGCCCUCCCACAAUGCACCUGGGGGCCGCAAAGUGGCUUGGAAGUGACUGUUCUCUGCACGGUGGACAGGAGAGAGGCUGGGCCGUGCCCUUGGGGGGGGGCGGGGGGGUUGCCUUCUCUUGCUUGCUGGGAGCAUGACUGUUAAACAGCCCAUCCUGCCGAUGCACAGCCAUUAAAGAGCUGCCGCUCUUGCACUGCC